GGAACCUAAAAGAUGGUUUGAUUUUUGUUAAAAGAAAAUCGUAUUUUCAAAGAAGAAGUUUUAGUUUGUGUAGAAGCUAUUAACCAAGUAAAGUGUAUGAUUGCUGAUUUCGAGAAAAAAAGCUGGUUUGAGCACAAGUCUUACGGUACUAUCAAGCGACAACGAUAUCAUCAGAUGCAUACACCUUAUAAACUCAGUCGAUUUGUACCCGAUUACUUACUGAGUUUACUUUUUAUCCACACAGUUAGGUCCAACAAUCGCGUGUUUUUAAAUACUUUUGAACCGCAAAUGCGAUUCAUUCGAGUUUAAUCGGAUCUCCUAUAAAUAGCGCUAUUCACACUUUAUGUCUUUGUUGAAUGCUUCCUCGCGUGCGUUUUGAUUCGUCGUUGAGAUACAUCUCUUAUAUUUUAUACACACAUACGUCUUAUGUGUAAAAUGAGAAUGAACCUAGCGAAGUAAAACGAAUAAUAAUGAAAAUUCUCGAAGCAGCCAAAACGGUCCAUGUCCGACACUGAGCAACUCCGCGACACGACUGGCGAACGCAGCCCAGCAACAAGAUACCAACUGCGCCGCGAGCACGCAUAUAUUCUUCAUGAAAAAUGAAAGCGCCGUUAAAGGGUAGUAACCCUACGCUCCUAAAUAUUCGCUCGAGCUUUAUCGGCUUCUCCCCGGUUAGAAUAUUUUUUGCUCGCUUGAAAUAUUUAAAGCUCGUAAAAAGCUCAAGGCGCUCGCGCGUUGUCAGUGAGAAGCAAACCACCGACGAGUAUACAGUCUCCUGUAUCAUCUUUUUCGAGCAGCAACGACGUGCACAAUGUUGAUCGAAAAGAAGAUCGAGAGCUUCACCUUCCUGUCCAUCUCCUCGUCGCACUUGACCUUCCUGCGGAUGGCUGCGUUCUUGCCACUGGAUAACCGAAGCUUUCAUCAUCCCUACAGUCGUCUGCUCCAGCUCUAUGGCCACAUCUGCAUAUUCAUCUACAACACGAUGUGGACAGGCUACGGGUACCGUAUGAUAAGUCGUCGCGAGUUCGAGAUCGACUACAUCUGCGAGCAGAUGGUCGUCGAGGGUGUCUGUCUGCGGUACAUCGUGCUGUGCGCCAAACGCGAGCAGCUCUGCGCCCUCGUCGAGUCCUGCAAGAGACUCUGGAGCUACCUCAGAUCUGGUGAGGACGUUAUCGUGCGACAGUUCGAACGCAAGGCUUACUUUUUCAGGAACUUCAUGUUGAUCAACUCGAUACUUGUCGUCAUGCUGUUUAUCGGGACGGCCUGUUUUGUCAGACUGCCACCACUGGAAGUCAUCGGCACCGAGAGAAAGGUCUUGCCGUUCAGGUUCUACGUGGACGUCCAGGAGGAUCCGAUGUUCAGUGCCGUGUACGCACUGCAGGCUGUGGUGUGCACGACGAUAUCCUUCGUCAUCGCCAGCAUAGAAACGGUCUCGCUGUAUCUGAUCAUGAUGGCCUGUGGAUAUCUGCGAUCGCUCAGGAACCGGUUGUUGAGUCUCGCAGAAAAUGAGGAUGACGCGAUCCUGGCUGGUGAGACGAGUUUCAGGCUCGUCGUCGGAUGCGCGCAUUUUCAUCAACAGAUCAUGAUUUUCUGCGAGGAGGUGGACCGGAUGACGCGGACGCUUUUUCUCUUCGCCUGUUUCUGUACUAUCUACAACAUGUCCAUCACGGGUAUCAAGCUUCUAGAGAACGACGAAAACAAAUUCAAAUUCGGGGCGAUACUGUCCCUCAAUCUCUUUCAAUUCUUCACCUGCCAGUGGGCUCCCGAGUUCCUCAUCAUAGAAAGCGAAGCUAUAGGAAAAGCCGCCUACUUCGCGAGCUUGCAACCAAUGGCGUCGAGUCACCGAGAAAGGAUCAAUCGGAUACUGUACUUCAUUAUGAUGAGAGCCCAGAAACCGAUUCAACUGACCGCCGGUGGGUUUAUCAAACUCUCCAUUCAGACUUUCGAUGGUAAAGAGCGCAUUCUCUUUCUUUGCGGUGCUGCGAAGCUUUAGCAGUACUUGAGGUGACUUAAACUGCAGCCGCAACAAUGUGUACCAUCUCGUACUGGUGUGAAUAUAUUUCUGUUACUUUUUUAGGCAAAUCGAUAAAAAAAUAUACUGUGAAAUAUACAUGUAUGUAUACAUGCCCAUCUAUAUUGUUUACUAAAAAAUGAUGUUUUUAUAUAGAUGCAUCAUAAUGUAAAAAAAAUUGAACUACCCUUUAUAAUAGAUUUCGUUUCAAGGCAAAGAACCCUAAGUCGAACCUCAAGUCGAAACCUUAGAGACUGUAUAUGUGCCAGCAUAUUAUUUUGUAUUUUGCUUCCUCAUUGUAAGAAGGGCUAUUCGACGUUUGCCCGUUUGAUGAAUAAAUAAAAUUUCACUCUCUGCUUGAAUGAGGAUAAUAAUUCAACGGCUAA